GUUGAAUCCUUUAUUUUGGACCAAGAAGAUCUUGAUAACCCAGUACUUAAAACCACGUCGGAGUUAUUCUUAUCGAGCGCUGCAGAAGGGGCGGACUUGAGAACUGUGGAUCCAGAAACACAAGCAAGACUAGAAGCCUUGCUGGAGGCAGCAGGGAUUGGUAAAUUGUCCACUGCCGAUGGUAAAGCCUUCGCAGAUCCCGAGGUUCUCCGAAGACUGACGUCUUCUGUCAGCUGUGCACUGGAUGAAGCUGCUGCUGCAUUGACGCGAAUGAGAGCAGAGAACAAUCACAAUGCAGGACAAGUGGACAAUCGCAGUUUGGCAGAAGCCUGCUCGGAUGGGGAUGUCAAUGCUGUCCGGAAGCUGCUGGAUGAAGGAAGAAGUGUAAAUGAGCAUACUGAAGAAGGGGAGAGUCUCCUUUGCUUGGCCUGCUCAGCAGGAUAUUAUGAAUUGGCACAAGUGCUACUAGCAAUGCAUGCAAACGUUGAAGAUCGAGGGAACAAAGGAGACAUAACUCCCUUAAUGGCAGCUGCCAGCGGAGGCUAUGUGGACAUUGUUAAGCUGCUCCUUGUUCAUUGUGCAGAUGUCAACGCACAGUCUUCAACAGGGAACACAGCUCUCACUUAUGCUUGUGCUGGAGGCUUUGUUGACAUAGUGAAGGUGCUGUUGAAAGCCGGUGCUAAUAUAGAAGACCACAAUGAGAAUGGCCAUACCCCCUUAAUGGAAGCAGCCAGUGCAGGUCAUGUUGAGGUUGCAAGAGUAUUGCUGGAAUAUGGUGCAGGAAUCAACACUCACUCCAACGAGUUCAAGGAAAGUGCACUUACACUUGCAUGCUAUAAAGGCCAUUUAGAUAUGGUUCGUUUCUUGCUUGAAGCUGGAGCUGAUCAAGAACAUAAAACAGAUGAGAUGCACACAGCACUGAUGGAGGCCUGCAUGGAUGGGCACGUGGAAGUGGCACGCUUGCUUUUGGACAGCGGUGCUCAAGUGAACAUGCCUGCAGAUUCAUUUGAGUCUCCACUUACUUUGGCUGCUUGUGGUGGGCACGUGGAGUUAGCAGCUCUCCUGAUUGAGAGGGGAGCUAACCUGGAGGAAGUUAAUGAUGAAGGUUAUACUCCUCUAAUGGAAGCUGCCCGGGAAGGCCAUGAGGAGAUGGUUGCCUUGCUGCUGGCACAAGGGGCAAAUAUAAAUGCACAGACAGAAGAAACACAGGAAACAGCUCUUACUCUGGCAUGCUGUGGAGGGUUUUCUGAAGUAGCUGACUUCCUUAUUAAGGCAGGAGCUGAUAUUGAACUUGGUUGCUCAACACCUUUGAUGGAAGCUGCUCAAGAGGGUCAUCUUGAAUUGGUGAAAUACUUGCUGGCAGCAGGAGCGAAUGUUCAUGCCACCACAGCAACAGGAGACACAGCUUUGACCUAUGCCUGUGAAAAUGGACAUACUGAUGUUGCAGAUGUGUUGCUUCAAGCUGGUGCUGAUCUGGAGCAUGAAUCCGAAGGUGGGAGAACCCCACUAAUGAAGGCAGCACGAGCCGGUCAUCUGUGCACCGUGCAGUUCCUUAUUAGCAAAGGUGCCAAUGUUAACAGGGCCACAGCUAAUAACGACCACACGGUGGUGUCACUGGCGUGUGCAGGAGGUCACCUGGCAGUCGUUGAGCUCCUUCUUGCUCACGGUGCAGAUCCUACUCAUCGGCUGAAGGAUGGCUCAACUAUGCUCAUUGAAGCCGCCAAAGGAGGACAUACAAAUGUUGUUUCUUACUUGCUGGAUUACCCAAACAAUGUUCUGUCAGUUCCUGCAGCAGACUUAUCUCAGCUCACACCUCCAUCUCAGGAUCAGUCUCAGGUCCCACGUGUGCCAGUGCAUACACUUGCUAUGGUUGUACCUCCCCAGGAACCUGACAGAACCCCUCAAGAGAACUCGCCACCUCUCUUGGGAGUGGUGAAAGGUACAUCCAAGCAGAAGUCAAGUUCCCUGCAGGUAGCAGAUAAGGACCUACUGCCACCUUUUCACCCAUACCAGCCUUUGGAAUGCAUAGUAGAAGAGACUGAAGGCAAGCUGAAUGAACUUGGACAGAGAAUUAGUGCUAUUGAAAAAGCACAACUUAAAUCAUUGGAAUUAAUUCAAGGUGAACCUUUAAAUAAGGAUAAGAUCGAAGAACUUAAAAAGAACAGAGAAGAACAAGUACAGAAGAAGAAGAAAAUAUUGAAGGAGCUGCAGAAGGUGGAAAGGCAGUUGCAGAUGAAAACCCAACAGCAGUUUACCAAAGAAUAUUUGGAGACCAAAGGUCAGACAGACACACCACUUCCCCUGCAGCAGCAGUGCCCACUUACAGGGGUAUUCCCAGAAGUGGAAGCCGAUAAGGGUCUGCCAGAGGAUAACUUUUCAGGGUUACCUCAGGUUGACACAAUCUUGUCUAAAGAUGACGAGCAACAACAGUCUCCACCACCUGCUGAACAAAUAGAGUUUGUCCCUAUCCAGCCUUUGCCAGCACCGCAAUGUAAUUUUUCUGGUAAUUUAGGUUAUAAUGGGACAGAGUCUCUUGAACUUCAGAAAGCAUUAGGGAAUCAGCAGAAUGUAGGACAGCAGCAGCAGAUUGCUGGGCAGGGGCUCUUAGUUCAAGAACCAGACGGAUUAAUGGUUGCCACUCCAGCACAGACGCUUACCGACACUCUUGAUGACCUAAUAGCAGCUGUGAACAGCAGAGUGCCUAGUGGAUCCACCAGCUCCUCGCACACUACCGAAUCCCCCACGCCUGAGCCGUGUUCCCAGGCAUCGAGCAAUGUGCCCUCACAGUCGGUGCUCCCCAUGUAUCCUUCAGUUGACAUUGAUGCACACACUGAAAGUAAUCACGACACGGCUCUGACCCUUGCAUGUGCGGGAGGUCAUGAAGAACUCGUAUCUGUACUGAUAGCACGUGGCGCCAACAUUGAACACAGAGACAAGAAGGGAUUUACGCCUUUGAUUCUGGCUGCAACUGCUGGACAUGUUGGUGUAGUGGAAAUACUGCUGGACAAAGGUGGGGAUAUCGAAGCACAGUCCGAGCGCACAAAGGAUACUCCCCUUUCAUUGGCAUGCUCUGGUGGACGCCAGGAGGUGGUUGAUCUGCUGUUGGCCCGGGGAGCAAACAAAGAACAUAGGAAUGUGUCUGACUAUACACCAUUAAGCCUUGCUGCAUCUGGUGGCUAUGUUAAUAUCAUCAAGAUUCUGCUCAAUGCUGGGGCAGAAAUCAAUUCCAGGACUGGCAGCAAGCUUGGCAUUUCUCCUCUGAUGCUGGCUGCUAUGAAUGGCCACGUCCCUGCCGUGAAGCUGCUGCUGGACAUGGGGUCUGAUAUUAACGCCCAAAUUGAGACCAACCGGAACACAGCCCUCACCCUGGCCUGCUUCCAGGGCCGAGCAGAGGUAGUCAGUCUGCUCUUGGACAGGAAGGCCAACGUCGAGCACAGGGCGAAGACUGGCCUCACACCUCUGAUGGAAGCAGCUUCGGGAGGAUAUGCAGAGGUUGGAAGGGUUCUCCUUGAUAAAGGAGCGGAUGUUAAUGCUCCGCCUGUGCCUUCCUCAAGAGAUACAGCUUUAACAAUUGCAGCAGAUAAGGGUCACUACAAGUUCUGUGAGCUCCUGAUUAAUCGAGGAGCACAUAUUGAUGUUCGUAACAAGAAAGGAAACACACCACUGUGGUUGGCUGCUAAUGGGGGUCACUACGAUGUGGUUCAGCUGCUUGUGCAAGCGGGAGCAGAUGUGGAUGCUGCGGAUAACCGGAAGAUUACACCUCUUAUGUCAGCAUUUCGUAAGGGGCAUGUGAAGGUAGUUCAGUUCCUGGUGAAAGAAGUUAACCAGUUCCCUUCGGACAUUGAGUGCAUGCGAUACAUAGCAACAAUAACAGACAAGGACCUGUUGAAGAAGUGUCACCAGUGUGUGGAGACAAUUGUGAAAGCUAAAGACCAGCAGGCUGCAGAAGCAAAUAAGAAUGCAACUAUACUGCUGAAGGAGCUAGACCUGGAAAAAUCAAGAGAGGAGAGCAGGAAACAAGCUCUCGCAGCUAAAAGGGAGAAAAGAAAGGAAAAGAGAAAGAAGAAGAAAGAGGAACAAAAAAGAAAACAAGAAGAAGAUGAAGAAAACAAGCCUAAAGAAACUCUGGAACUUCAAGAGGAUGAUGAUGAAGAAGAAAAUGAUGAUGAAGUGGAGCAAGAAAUUCCUAUAGAGCCUCCUAGUGCAACUACAACAACUACCAUUGGGAUUUCUGCAACUUCCACUACUUUCACAAAUGCCUUUGGGAAGAAGAGAGCUAAUGUGGUGACUACCCCCAGCACAAACAGGAAAAACAAGAAAAAUAAAACGAAAGAGACUCCUCAGAACAUGCAGAUAAUUUUGCCAGAUCAGCAUAUAUCUCUAGCCCAGCAAAAAGCAGAUAAAAACAAAAUAAAUGGAGAGCCAAGAGGUGGUGGUGCGAGCGGGAAUAGCGAUUCGGAUAACUUGGAUAGCACAGAUUGCAAUAGUGAAAGCAGCAGUGGAGGGAAGAGCCAGGAGCUGAACUUCACGAUGGAUACGAACUCCUCGGAGCGGCGCUACGCCUCCCUGCUUAUCCCCUCUCAGGAAGAGAAAACGAGCACCUCAGCUUCGAAAACACCCACCAGACUUGAUGGUGAAGGUCAUUCGAAUUCUUUGUCAACUACUUAUAAACCUGUUUCCCUGCCUCUGACGUCUCCAAAUGUGAAGCUGAAUCUGACUAGUCCAAAAAGAGGCCAGAAAAGAGAAGAGGGCUGGAAAGAAGUGGUUAGAAGGUCAAAGAAGUUGUCUGUCCCAGCUUCGGUUGUAUCUAGAAUAAUGGGAAGAGGUGGGUGCAACAUCACAGCAAUUCAAGAUGUCACUGGUGCCCAUAUUGAUGUUGAUAAGCAAAAGGAUAAGAACGGAGAGAGAAUGAUCACUAUAAGGGGCGGUACGGAGUCGACGCGAUACGCAGUGCAGCUCAUCAAUGCCCUUAUUCAAGAUCCUGCCAAGGAAUUGGAAGACUUGAUUCCUAAAACUCAUAUAAGAACCCCUGCUUCGAGUAGCAAAUCAAUCCAUGCAAACUUUUCAUCUGGGGUCAGCACUGCGACUGCUUCAAACAAGAACUCCUUUCCCCUUGGAGCACCGCCCCUCGUCACGUCGCAGUCAUCAACACUAUCUACUUUCCAGCCUACCAACAAACUGAACAAGAAUGUCCCAGCCAAUGUGCGUUCAUCUUUUCCAGUGUCUCUUCCUCUAGCUUAUUCUCACCCUCAUUUUGCCUUGCUGGCUGCCCAAACUAUGCAACAGAUCCGGCACCCUCGCUUACCUAUGGCCCAGUUUGGAGGAACUUUUUCACCUUCACCGAACACUUGGGGACCAUUCCCAGUGAGACCAGUUAACCCUGGCAGCACAAACAGCUCUCCAAAGCAUAACAGUUCGAGUCCUUUUAUCCUACAGACGGAGUCUCCUGGAUUGGCUACUUCUACUUGUCCCAUUACUGUCUCUUCUGUAGCUGCUUCCACCCAACCGCUGUGCGUGACCAGUAAUCGGACUCCCUCGUCGGUCAGGAAGCAGUUAUUUGCCUGCGUUCCGAAGACAAGUGCUGCAGCAACAGCAAUCUCAACUGUGACGAGCACCUGCAGCACUAUGCCUUCAGCUUCCUCUGCUCCCCCAAGCAAUGGGCAAGUGCCCCCAGCAUUUCUGCCAUCUAAUGCUCCCCAAGCGCAGCAUUCUGCGCUGAAAGCGGACUCUUUCUCGGCUGUCUCAGCACCCAAAGAGAAGGUGUCAGUACCAGACCAGCCCACUGCAAGUGCGUGUGCACCGACUUCAGUUGCAAGUAGUUGCAGUAUGUCAGCAAGCAGCAACUCGGGAGUCACUGAAACGCGCCCGUCGAGCAGCCCUGCUCCGCUAAACAAUGUCCAAGAUGAAAUUCUGCCAACCAGCAUGUCAGAGAUCAGUCCUUCUGUGCCGAUGCCUUUUUCAUCCAGCUCAGAAACUGCUCCUUUAAGCUUAGCGUCACCCAGGUCAGUUGUUGCAGAUAAUCAGGACAACAGUAACUUACCUCAAGUAGCUGUACCAGCACCUCGAGUUACUCACAGGAUGCAGUCCAGAGGUUCUUUCUAUUCAGUGGUACCAAAUGCAAACCUCCAUCAAGAUCCUCAGUCUAUUUUUGUUACGAAUCAAGUUCCUUUAACACCUUCUCAAGGUCCACCUGCUGCAGUGCAGCUUUCGUCAGCCAUGAACGUUAUGAACGGUUCUCAGAUGCACAUUAACCCAGCAAACAAAUCAUUGCCUCCUACCUUUGGGCCAGCAACGCUCUUCAAUCACUUUAGUAGUCUUUUUGAUAGCAACCAGGUGCCAGCUAACCAAGGAUGGGGAGACUGUCCACUCUCAACCCGAGCAGCAGCUGACCCAUCCUUCACUGUUCAGUCUACCUUUCUGAGUAACUCUGUGCUAGGACACGUGGAAAACGUGCAUCCUGACAACUCCAAGGCUCCUGGUUUCAGGCCACCUUCCCAGCGGGUUUCGACUAGUCCUGUAGGCUUACCCUCUCUAGAUCCAUCCAACAGCUCUACAACUUCUUCUUCAGGUCCUUUGACAGGCUUUUCAGCAAACAUACAAGGAGCACGGGUUUACCUUCAAGGGCCAGCGCCUGUUGGGACUCCCAGCUUUAACAGACAGCAUUUUUCACCACAUCCUUGGACAAGCGCAACAAAUUCAUCAGGUGAAUCUCCUAUUCCAUCAGUUUCCUCAGGAUCAUCUUCGCCCCUUUCAGCUGCUUCUGCACCUUCUAACUUGGGCCAGCCAAAAACGGGUAACGCCAACCAAGACCGAAAGGUUCCCCCACCCAUUGGGACAGAAAGGCUGGCUAGGAUUCGACAGGGAGGAUCUGUCACCCCAACACCCUUGGGAACCAACUUCACAGCUCCCGUCGGUCACAGUGGCAUUUGGUCCUUUGGAGUUAACAGUGUAUCUGAAGGCUUGUCAGGUUGGUCCCAACCUGUCAUGGGAAAUCAUCCGAUGCAUCAGCAGCUGUCGGACCCAGGCACGUUUUCUCAACAUCAGCCAAUGGAGAGAGAUGAUUCUGGAAUAGUGGCUCCCUCGAAUAUUUUCCACCAACCUAUGCCAAAUAGUUUUGUGGAUUUUUCUAAAGGCCUCCCCAUCUCCAUGUAUGGCGGCACCCUGAUCCCCUCGCACCCGCAGCUGGCGGAUGGCCCAGGAGGACCCCUCUUUAACGGGCUCCAUACGCCAGAUCCUGCCUGGAAUCCCAUGAUCAAAGUUGUCCAGAACUCAACAGAAUGUACUGAUGCUCAGCAGAUUUGGCCUGGCACCUGGGCACCUCACAUUGGAAACAUGCAUCUCAAGUACGUCAACUGAUUUAAGGGGGUCUAUCCUUUUGUAGCCUUGUUUGGGAAUCUUUAUGAUCUUGGAAGAACCCUGGGGAUUUUUUUAAUGUGCCUAACUAAGCAAUUUUCUGUGGGCUGGAACAAUUGAAACUUAAUGGCCCAUUGUAUAACAACCAAUUGAUUUACCUGUACAAACUGAUUCUGUUCUCUGGUUAGUUUAGCCAUUUUGAACUUAUAAAUCAGACAAAACUAGUGCUUUUGGCUAAACACUACUGAAUGCUCCUUGUAUGCAGCAGAGAAAUAGCUGAUGACGUGGACAUGAUUUCAACCUGUUAGGGUGGUAAAUACAUGUAUAAUUGUUUACAGACUUAAAAGGAAAAGCUGAGUAAAUUUCAUGUCGUAUAGUGGC